AAGAAAUUACAAGAUGAUUAAAGAAUAUGAUUAUUUGUUCAAAUUAGUUAUUAUUGGUAACUCUGGAGUGGGAAAGAGUUCAUUAUUAUUGAGAUUUGCAGAUGAUCAAUUUAGUGAAUCUUACCUAACAACAAUAGGUGUUGAUUUUAGAUUCAGAACAUUGCCUAUAGAUGGCAAAAAUGUAAAAUUAUAGAUUUGGGAUACUGCUGGACAAGAAAGAUUUAGAACAAUCACAAGUGCAUAUUAUAAAGUAAUUAAAAAUCAUUAUUAUAAAUAUUUUAGGGUGCUGAUGGAAUUGUUAUGGUAUAUGAUGUUACAUAAGGAUAAUCAUUUGAUGAUAUUGAUAAAUUUUGGUUACAUGAGGUAGAAUCAUAUGGAGAAAAAAAUGUUUAAUUAUUAGUUAUUGGAAAUAAAAAUGAUUUAGAUGAAUAGAAAUAGUAACAAAAUUAUAUAAUUAAAUAAGAGUUGAAACAUCAAAGGCUGAAGAAUAUUGUAAAUCUCAUAAUAUGCUUUUUAUGGAAUGUAGUGCAAAGACAGCUGAUCAUGUAAAUAAUGCAUUUCUUGAACUAUCAAGAAAACUAAUGGCUAAAAAAGAUGCUUCCUAACCACAAAAAACUACUAAUUUGACACCAAAUGCUUCAUAAUAAUCAUAAUCUAGAGGGUAUUAAUUAAUAUAAUAUUAUAUUUAGAUAAACUAAUACCAACACUUCACAAUCAAAUAAACUGAGUGCAAACACAUCAAACUAAAAAAAAUAAAAAGAUGGAGGAUGUUGUUGA